CUGGUUUGGACCUCAGCUUCCAGGCCUGCAUAUGGCGGCGAUAGCGGCUUUGUCAAUGCUCUAGUGUAGCACGCUUUUGGUGUAAUUUUUGCUCGAAGAAUGCCACGGAAGAGGAAGUCAGCUGUAUUGAAAGAACCAAAAGUUUUUACAGAGACUGAAAUACAGGAGGAGCAACAGAAAGAGAACUCGGUAAAUGAACAAGGGAAUGAAAAACUCUCCACUGAAACAACAAAUAAACAAGUUCCUGAUCCCUCUUCCCCUGAAAUUGUUGAGGAGGCCUUUACUGCAGAAAGAUUAUUUGAGUAUCAAUGGCCUCCUGACAGAUCAGGAGAGUAUUAUCUUCUGCGGCAUCAAGUGUGUCAGUUUCUAGAAACAGAAGAUCUUGAAGAAAGAAAUCCAGAUUUAGAGAGGCAUGUUGUAGUGGAUGAUGAAAAACUGUAUCUUAAAGAGCAGGGAGUCAUCACUGAUGAAACACAAGAAUUAACAGCUUAUAAGACUGAGGAUGUUUGUCAAAUAAUGAUAGAUAGUUUUCCCAAAAAAUAUAAGGAAUAUAUCAGGGUGGCUCAUGUUAAGGAACGUCAAAGGAUAAUUCGAAAAGCAGAAGAAGAAAAGAGAUCUUUGGAAACUAGAAAAGUAGCAAACUACAUCAAACGGGCCAUCAAAGAUGUGGCAGAGUUCAAUGCUCAGUUGGCUCAGCAGAGGAGAGAAGAGAGAUGUUCAUACUUUGACAUGCAGACUCAAAUAAUCCAUGUUCCAGCCAACAAGACAACACGAUUAACAAAGCCUUGCACCAAACCAAGUUUAUACCCAGUUGCUCUUCUUCCAGGACAAUUCCAGGAAUACUAUAAAAGGUACACUUCAGAAGAGCUAAACAACUUUCCACUUGGUACUGUUAUGGAAAUGCCAAAGCCCCCACUGCCUCCAGAACCAUAUGUACCUCCGCAGCAAGCAGACUCUGAAGAAUCAGAUGAUAUAUCCUUGCCAGAUUCAACAGCUGAAGAAGGUAGUGAUAGCAGUUCUGAAGAGGAAAUAGAAGAACCACCGGCAAAGAAAAUACCAGGAAAAUACAAACCCCCAAAACGUCCCGAUGCACUGUGUGGCAUUUGCUUGAAAGGCCCAGAUUCAAACAAGAAAGGACUGCCAGAGGAACUUAUACACUGCUCACAGUGUGAGAAUAGUGGACAUCCCACAUGUCUGGACAUGAACACCCAGUUGGUUGUAGUUAUCCAGACAUAUCCAUGGCAAUGCAUGGAAUGUAAAACUUGCAUCGUCUGCCGCGACCCGUUUGAUGAGGAUAAGAUGUUAUUCUGUGACGAAUGUGACCGUGGAUACCACAGUUUCUGUGUGGGACUCAAACAGAUACCAGUAGGUCGGUGGACAUGUGAUAAGUGUGGUAUGUGUGCAUCCUGCUUGAGAAGAUCCCCAGGUGAAGGCCCAACCUCCAGAUGGAAACACGAGUACACCAAACCACGAGACGGAUCAGAAGUGCAGUUCUUACAAACCUUGUGUUCUGCCUGUUCCAGGUUGUUCCGCGCAGGAAACUUCUGCCCGGUUUGCUUAAAAGUUUACCGCAAUGACGAGUCUGAUUUGCCCAUGGUGUGUUGUGACAUGUGUGACCGCUGGAUUCACACAGAUUGUGAUGGUAUCGACGAAAAGGCUUAUGCACAACUCGCCCGGACGAAAAGCAAAUACAGCUGUGUCCUGUGCCGUGGAGAGAAGCAAGAAAGAAUGGAUUCUUUUCACAGAAAGAACAGGAGCAAAGCUUCAUGAAACUUAUACAGAUUUUACUUUUCUAUUUAUGACUUACUUUUUAACUUA